AUGAAGUUUCCAGCCUCCUUCAUCAACAUCAUUAAUACGCUCUACGAUGACAAUUGGGCGCGCCUCAAGGUCAAUGGUCACAUUGGCGACGCCUUCCGCAAGACCAACGGACUGCUACAAGGGCUCCCGAGCUCGUGCCCCUUGUGGAACAUCUACAUCGAGCCGUUUGUCCGAUACCUCCACGCCGAUCCCAACAUCUCGGGCGUCACCAUCCCCGGCGAAAUGGGGAUUGGUACUACAACCCUGAAGGUCGCAGCCUUUGCUGACGACGUCAAGAGUUACUUGGCCAAUAUGACCGAGGUCGAGUACCUCACCACACGAGCGGACGCCGCCCGACCUGGCUACUCUUACGCAGCCGGUGACGGCCCACUCGCCGUCUGCGCCCUGCUCACCUAA